AUGGUUGUUGAAAUGGAGUACAGGAGGAAGUCCGGACGGGCUGUGGUGGAGUGGUUCGUUAUAGGAGGGGGGCAGGGGAAGGGCGGGGUUAUCCUUUUGGAGGAUCAUCCGCUUUGGAGGGUUUCUGAAGGGGUUAGGAAGGGGGAGGCUGGAGAGUUAGAGGAGAACAACGGGAUUGAUGGAAUCACGUUUGAACUGGGGAUUACGGAGCGGCAGAGGAGGGUCCGUGAGGAGGUGCAAUUGCCGUAUAUGGAUGCUCAGCGGGAGGGUGGUAUUGGUGGGGGUGGGGCUAUAUUGUUCACGCCGGAGAAGGAGGCGGAUGAUUUUGAUGAGGAGGAGGAUGAGAUUUAA